GAUUUGACGACAUCAGCACUACAGUAUGAUCAUUCGAUGCCACAGUGUUCGUAUACGCUGCAUCGUGAUUCGCCAAAUGGUCCAGUGUUACGGUAUGCUCGCAUCGGAGAUACCGUAUAUCAUGUGUGGGAUUGCCCAUCUGACGUUUACGCGAUGCUCGUUCAUACUUGUUUCAUUCUGGACGGUCAAGGAGCUGAACAUCAAGUUAUUGACUCGAACGGGUAA